AUGACUGGCGCGCCUCCGGCUCCGAGUAAGGACCCUUUGCUGACCAGGCAUCCUCGGACCCAGAGGACUAUAGCGGGGCUGGUGUCCAUCACACCCGAGCCCCCACGACCGAGGAUGUUGCCCUCGCCGCCCCAGCAGUCACCAGCACCGACCGCCGCCGCGCGCAUGGCCAUGGCUGCUGCCGCCGCCUCUGAAGCUUCAUUGGAGGUUGGAAUGGCCAGUCCCUCCAUUGAGCUCGCCUGGCGGGUGGUGCAAGCGGCAGAAUCCCGCAAGGCUCUCCUAGACCAGCGUGCUCUCUCACUGCGUGUAAGGAGGACGGUGCCCGCACCGGCGUUGAACACCACCUUUCCCAGUCAGAAAGCAUCCAUGUCGCCACACUACAGGGAGUCCUAUGAGGAUGGACCACGGGGAGGCGUCAGACCACCGCUGCCCAAUUACGGGGGUAGCCCACUGGCAGUCGCAGCGCGCCAUCGGCCACCUGGUGGCUUCCCGCUCUUGCAGGUGUCCAGUUGGUUGCGUGACGAUGCCGAACUGCCCGAACUUCGAGAAUGUGAGCAGGAUAGUCCUUUCAGCACUGCCUUACUGGAACGAAGUGCUGGGGGUCUGCGUAAGCGGCGGCCGAAGCAUCCGCAGCGGGUGAUCCACCAGGAGGAAGAGGAGGCCAUGUCGGGCGAUUUCUCCGUCUCCGGCGUCCGCCUUGGUACGCAACGGCGAGGUGGUGGUUCCCGCCUGGCACCUGACCUCAAUGCCUUGAAAGCCAAGAAGGCUUUCGCGGCUCAGUCGCCCUGGAGACAUGCGGAUCCAGCGGCAUUGGCCGAGGCCUUGACGAUUGCCCUGGGGCAGUUGCAGCAAAGCUCCUGGAAUGAGGCUGAAGAGGAGCUCGCUGAGGAAAGCAACCGGACGCCCGAGAUUGAGGACACGGCACCCUCCGUGCCGCAGACUCGCCCACGGAAGCUGGCGCCAGUACGGAUUCAGGAGGAGCUUAUAGAAGGCUCCUUCGAGGACGACUCGCCUUCCGCCACCUGGCCCCCCGGCGCCGCCAAGCGCCGGACACGACAGGCGCCGGCCAAAGCCUUGAUCAUAAGAAGCAAGUCUUUGCCGGGCGAGAAAGCCGAAAAACCCGCCGAAAAGGGCGUGGAGAAGGACAAGGCGCCCACGGAGAAGCGCGCAGGUCCUCCAAAUGAGGAGGAUCGGCAGGUGGCGCCCGAGAAGAGUCAGAGCGGUCAGAGCGAGACGAAAACUUGUGGUGAAAGGGUAACGUAUGACAAGGCCAAACGGCCAAACAAGCCCUUGACUUUAGUGAAGUCCGAGAAGAGCACCACAGGCUCUAGACUCUACCUUAGCCACAGAAUCCGAUUCCGCGGUGCCAUGUCGCUGAAAGAUGUCACCAAACUUCCGGAGAAAAUGGGGCCCAAGGCUCGGCGGUUUUUGGGCCCCCUGGGCCAGGCCGGAGCGAAAAAGAUGGCCCGGAGACCUGGAAAAGCUGGCCGCAAUACCGUUGAAGCCUUGUUGAGUGACGAAAGAUGA